AAUUAACCUAUCACCAUGACAACUAUCUAUGAAUAUAAUUACAAGAAGGCAGGGCCGGUCAGAGUUUUGCUGCUUUUAUCAGCAAAAUUAGAAAAAACAGCAAUGGCUAGUAGCGAGGAUAAGUCGCUGGAUAUAUUUGGUAAACCUCUCGAGCUAACAGAGCAAGAGAUAGCUGUGCUGGGUGAUGAUGCUGUGCGCGUGUUUCUCCGCCGUGUCCUCUCAGUAGAGACUCACACAAAGAAAGGAAUUGUAUCAGACCCAAAGACGCUGGUUGUUAGUAGCAGUAGAUGUCAUGUUAUUGCACAAAAACCUUCAGUUAAAUUGGAGACCAGCUUCAACUUUCUCAAGAUAACACUUAUUGAAUGCUCAGAAAAGAAGCUGGUGUUUCAUUUAAUUGGAGAAGGCAGACCGAGAGAGUUCACAACAGACAGAAAGAAUGGAGUGACUAUAGUUGGCCUUAUCCUGGCUCAGCUGAAGAAUCUUUUCCCUGUGACACCACUUGAUACUCUUAUAAAAGCUUCUUACAGUACUGAGUCCAUUAAUUCAGAGGUCAGUCUCCUUCAUGAGUCUCUCCGGCAGGCAAUGGACUCUUCAGAUCCCAACUCACUCGAGAGCUUUAUCACCAUAUAUGGAUUCCUAUGUGACCUGCACAAUAUACCAUAUAUAGCUGAAAUAUCAUCAUAUUUAAGAGCUGCUUAUUGGACUCACGGAUUCCGUGAGCUUAACUUAAGAGAUUUUGAGCACUUUUCAAUCAGGGAUCUUCUCCCAUUGGUAGCUACUUUACGUCACAACAAUUACUUCGAUUCCUUUUCAGUUGAUGGAAUGAAAGUGACUGGUGAAGUCUUUGAUGAGCUGGCACACACCCUAGUACACUCUCAGACACUGAAGAAGCUGAAACUAACCAACUGUUCACUUAAACCGUAA